UUUACCAUUACUUCGGAAUGUGUUAAAAGUUUGGCUUCUGUCAACUUCUAAUUGUAAGAUAAUAAGCGAUAGUAAUGUAGCGUCUAAAAUGAUUAUCAUCGUGUAAUUAUACUCAUUAGUAACACGUAACCUUGAUUACCUGUAGAAUUUCUAGCAAUUAUCAUGGCUCAAUGUAAGUUAACCCCUCGUGAGUUUAUAAGUAAUGCUUUUUCACCACAAAUUGCUGCGGUGUGUUCAGCCGCGGCUGAUACUGUGUGUCAGAAAAAUAAUUUAUCAUUCGUUGAACUUCUGCAACCGUUUUGUAAGUUAAAUACCGAAGGACAUUUUAAAGAUCCACAAGGAAAUACUGUAAGUGUUAGAAAUCUUCGUCUUUUUAUACAAGAUGUUAAUGCACAGCCUCCAGAACCAAGCAUUGCUAGAAAAAUGUUAAAUGAAGCAGUUAAUUCAGCCAUGUGUGAACACACAACUUCUGUUAGAAUUGGCACAACAGAACUUGAUAUACCAGUGUCAGUUCCUUGGUUUGAAGCAUGGAGAGAAAUGUUCUUGAGCGUUCAAUUCCCAUCAGACCAUGAAUUUACAAAACAUUUUCUUGCUUGUAUGAUAGUAGUUUCCACAGCAGAGGACAAUCCUUUGGAAAAAAUACAAAAUAUGGGUGCACAAUUACAUCAAAAUAUUCCUGGAAAAUUGCCAAAAUGGUUUAAUAACAAUACGCUUAGAUAUUAUAUCUUAGUACAUGAUACUUUACAGGAUGAUAGAAACAAGGCUGAAAUAGUUUUUACAGAAAUGAAAAAUAUUUAUGGUGCUAAUAAUUGUUUUUUAUUACAAAUGAAUUCAAGACCACCAGGCCAAUUUGAUGACAAUAUUCAUUUACCAGAUCCUUGGAGUCAAUUUUUAGUAAAACAUUCAGAAGUCUCAGGAGGUAGUGAACAGAAUAGUUCUCCUCGUACACCUGCAGAUACCAGUGGAGUUUCUUCUAUGCCAAAUGAAGUUACAACAGAUACUGAUAAGACAAGUCAAGCUGGAACACCAGUAGCUCCACAAAAUUCUAUGUUGGUUUCUCCAGAUCAAAACGAUGUUAUUAGUUUUUCUUCAGAAAUUUCUGAAUCAACAAAUACAAACUUAGAAGUUGGACAAGAAGCUGUAUCUGUUACAAUUCAUCCUUUAAGUCCAACAACUGACAAGUCUCAAAGUUCUGUUGUGUAUGGAAAAGGACAAACAAUCAGUGAUACACCAAUAAAUGUAAAUGUUUGGGCAGAUUCUCCUAGUUAUAUAACAACACAACAUGGUGCUAGAUUAUCCACACAAGAUCUUGAAAGGCUAAGAGCAUUGAUAACAGAAUUUUGUUUAAAAAGUUUAUUACCCUAUGUGGAAAAACAAAUUGGUUUAUUGAAUGAUGUAAUUUCAAAUAAGAAAGGUGUUAGUAGAUCACUUUUUAGUGCUACAAGACGAUGGUUUGGAACAAAUAAACCUGGAAUACCAGGGCCUACUCCAUCAAAUGCUGUAAUUUACACAACAGAAUCUCCAGAAUUACAAUUGCGUCGCUUAGGUGACUUAUGUUUCAUGUUUGGUCACUAUUCACUUGCUUACCAAACAUAUCAUAGUGCAAAAAGAGAUUUUGCAGCAGAUCAAGCUUGGCUUUAUUAUGCAGGUGCUCUUGAAAUGGCUGCUUUAAGUGCAUUCAUGCAAGGUGAAACUAAUAGAAAAACUAUUGAAUAUAUGGACGAUGCAAUAUUAACUUAUUCAAGCAGUUGUAAAAUGCCUCAGUUUGCAACAAGAGCCACAUUACUCAGUGCAGAAUGUUUAAAGGGUAGAAGUUUAUAUGGAGAUGCUGCAAAACAAUUAAUUCGUAUGACAAGUGAAGAUUCAGAUUUGCGUUCUGCACUCUUGUUAGAACAAGCUGCAUAUUGUUUUAUUGGGCCAAAAAUGAUGCGCAAGUAUGCAUUUCACGCUGUUCUUGCUGGUCAUAGAUUUUCGAAAGCAGGCCAAAGAAAACAUUCGUUACGUUGUUAUCAACAAGCAUACCAGGUAUAUAAUGGAAGAGGUUGGUCAUUAGCUGAAGACCAUAUACAUUUUACGAUUGGCAGACAAGCUGCAUCAUUGAAACAAGUUAGUGAAGCAGUUAAAGCAUUUGAAAAAUUACUAAAUGCUCACAGUAAGCAACCAGCUACUCAGCAAGCUGCAUUUUUACGUGAAUUUUUACAUAUCCAUAAUUUAUUGUUGCAGGAAGGUUUAUCAAAUCAACAAGAGCUUCCUAUCUUGCCUUUACCAUUAAUAGAUAGUAACAAUAUUAAAGUAUUGUAUGGUCCUCUAGCUAAACCAUAUGAAAAUAAUAUUCCUGCAAGUCAUGUUUCAUUUGAUACUGAAGAAUGUGAUGAUGUAAGAUGGACAAAAAUGGAAGAGAUGUUAAUAACAGAAGUUCAGGGAUCCUCCCCUAUGAUAUUCAAACCUACAGUUGCAUUGUAUUCCAAGACAAGUAAUAAUAGUGUUAAACCAAAUGCAGUUUUAAAUGAACCAGUGCAUUUUUUUAUUGAAUUAUAUAAUCCAUUACAUAUACCGCUACCAUUGUCUAAUGUGACUUUGUUAUGGUCAUUUACUUCCAUUAAUGAACAAGUCACAAAUGAAAUGAGAUCAUCAGAGAAUUUAAAGCCAGUGGAAACGCAAGUAGUUGAAAAAAUUAUUUUACAACCAACUUCUAAACAAAAUAUUACAUUAUGCCUCAUACCAAAAGAAAUAGGAGAAUUAAAAGUAUUAGGUUUAAACUAUGACUUGUCUAAUCCAACGCAUGUAAUAGAUCCACCAGUUGUUAAUCCAACCAUAGCUAUUACUGGAAAAAGAAUAUUUGAAAUUAGGGGACCUAAAUUAAAAAAUAUUAAAGAAAAACCUGGUACAAAUAUGUAUGGUGUAGACUAUAGAUUAGAAACGAAUGUUAUUGAGAAAGCUCCUUUUAUGCAGAUUUUCUUUAGCAAACUGUCUUCAGAAAUGUUAUGUGGUGAAGUGCAAAAAAUAAAUAUUAUAUUAAAAAAUGUGGGUAAUUCACCGCUGUCAAACAUUUAUUUAGCAUCUACCGAUGCUAAACUUUUUUCAUUAGGAGAUGAACACACGAAUACACAAGAUGGUAAAUACAAUUUAUGUUUUAUUCAAUGAUUGAAAAUUAAUUAGAAGAUUCCAUUACCUUCCAAUAAUGAUACAUUAAAUAUUGGUGAGACAUAUACAAUACCAUUUUGGAUUCGAGCACCUCACGAAAAAGGAAUUCAUCGCUUAGAUUUACUUUUCUAUUAUGAAAAUAUUGAUUCAAAAUGUACGAUAAGAUAUCGACUUUGUAGACAUACUUGGCAUUUUACAGUUUUGGAUUCCAUACAAAUUAAUGCAAUUGCUUCAAGAAGUGUCUUACUUAAAGAUGUUUCACCUACAUUAAACUUGAUAGUAUGCAUAAAAAAUGCAAAUCAAGUUCAUGAUCCAAUUAUGAAUGAAAUUUUAUUAUCUAAAGUAUUAUUCAAAAGUAAUACUUGGUCCGUAUUUAGUUCAUCUGUUUUGUCAACAGAUAUUAAAAUACAACCUCAAGAAAUGUUUCAUCUAAUGCUUAAGUUAAGAAACAAAAGUGAGAGCGAAUCGAAAUUUUCUGAUGUAUCCUUAACUCAGGAAAGCGAAUGUAUCGAAUCUGAUGUGCGUUAUCCGUACAUCAAUUUUAUACAAAGGAAGGAUAUUCCAUCACUAGAUAUUAAUGAAAAUGUAGCUGAAAUACAGCAGCAAUCCCAAAGGUUACCACAAAAUGUGGAAUAUACAUCAUUAUCUGCUACUAUGACAUUAAAUUCUACUUUAAUUCUCAAAUGGCGAGCAAAAAUAAUCGAAAACGGAGUUAUUACUAGACGAGCAAUUGGUCAACAUCAUCUUGAUAUUGAAUACUUGAAUAAAACUUACAAACAUCCCAAAGAAAUCCAAAUUGAAUCAAAUGAAUAUGCAGGACGUUUGAAAAUUUUUGGACCAGAUAGAAACAUACCAGAUUCUUUGGCUGUGACUAAUAAAGAACAAGCAUUAGAAACAGAAUUUUUAAAGAACAUCAUUUCUUUUUCUUUAAGUCAUGCUAGACAGAUUACGCAUAAUUUUGGUCAAAGACGAUUGUGUUUCGUUCCAGUGAUAAUGUACAUACAGAAUCAUUUAGAAUCACAAAUCGAUAUUAAAAUCAACACAAUAGGUACUAGCAGUGAAAGUCAUCUUCCGAAUAUAAAAUCGCAAUUAUAUUCUCCACAAGCUUCUGCGUAUUACAGAUACGCUUGUCAUUCAGCGAUCUGUUCUCACAUAGAACCACGUACAAACAGUACUGUAAAAUUACAAGCCGUACUUCCAGCCCCUGGAACAUACGAUUUAGCAGCGCGUGUAGAAGUGUCUGUAAGGGUUGUAAAUACUAGAGAAUUCAUCUUACAGAAGUGGAAAAUGGAAAGCAUAUGUAUUAUUAAUGGUAAUAGUAAAUAG